GAGAGAGAGAGAAGAGAGAGUCAGAGAGAGAAGAGGUGGGGGGUAGGGGGGGGGGAGUGAUCUGGCGUUGAAGGACCGGUCUGCGAAUGCGAGUCCAGCGCAAAUCAAAGCGAUCGAACUAAAAAAAAAUCAGCGGCCUCAUCCAGGGAAAGGCUGCGAAGCCGGUUAGAGAGGCAGGCAACCAGGAGGAAGCGGCGCCCGCGCGGAUGGCGAUGCAGCUAAGAUAAUGGCUGGGGAGUCGCACGGUGCAAAUCGGGAGAGCUGAACGGCAGCCCCCCUCUGUCCACCAUGAGCGUGGCUCUGCAGGACCUGAAGAUCAACAUGUCAAACUACAAGCGGGCAACAUUUGAGGACGAUGAUGCCACCGAAAUUCCAGCAGACGGGGCAGCAUCUCCAGACUGUAUGGAGGUUGGUUUCAAUAAAGGAGGGAUACAUUUUCUGGGACCUGUGGGUCGGAGGACUCAGCUGGAGAUGUUGCUGUCAGGCAUGCUUCUUUUCACAGUUUUGGUCUUGCUUGGCUGUGUGAUAUCACUGGGAAUCAGUUACAGCAGAGAUCCUGCCCAUUCCCUGUGCCUGACUGAAGCCUGCAUCACUGUGUCCAGCAAAAUCAUUGAGGCUCUGGACCGCAGUGUGAAUCCCUGUGAGGAUUUCUACCAGUAUGCCUGUGGAGGAUGGAUGAGGAAAAACCCACUUCCUGAUGGACGUUCUCGAUGGAGUACCUUCAACAGUAUCUGGGACCAAAAUCAGGCCAUUCUUAAACACCUGCUUGAGAACACCACAUUCAACUCCAGCAGUGAAGCAGAGAGGAAGGCACAGCGGUACUACCUGUCCUGUCUGAAUGAAGUCAAGAUAGAGGAACUGGGAGCCCAGCCCCUGAUCGACCUCAUCAAUAGGAUAGGUGGCUGGAACAUCAGUGGACCCUGGGAUAAAGAGAAAGAUACCUUUAUGGAGGUCCUGAAGACCGUCUCGGGACCUUACAGGGCCUCCCCUUUCUUCACCAUCUAUGUGAGCGUGGAUCCAAAGAACUCUAAUAGUAAUGUCAUCCAGGUUGAUCAAUCCGGAUUGUUCCUUCCUUCUAGGGAUUAUUACCUCAACAAGACAGCCAAUGAAAAGGUCCUGACUGCAUACCUUGACUACAUGGUGGAAUUGGGUACUCUUCUGGGAGGAGACCGUAACAGUACUCGCUGGCAGAUGCAGCAGAUCCUGGAUUUUGAGACAACAUUGGCCAACAUCACUGUGCCUCAGGAUGAGCGUCGAGAUGAGGAGAAGAUCUACCAUAAGAUUACCAUCGCAGAGUUACAGAUGCUUGCCCCCUCCGUGGAAUGGCUGGACUACCUGUCUUCUGCACUCUCCCCACUGGAUCUAAAUGAUACAGAGCUUGUGGUUGUCUAUGCCAAGGAGUACCUCCAGCAGGUUUCCGAGUUAAUUAACAAAACGGACAAAAGUCUGUUAAAUAACUACAUUAUAUGGAACCUGGUACAGAAGACUGCUUCCAGUCUGGACCAGCGUUUUGAGAAUGCUCAGGAUAAGCUUCUCGAGUGUCUCUAUGGCACCAAGAAGUCUUGCAUGCCCCGUUGGCAGACCUGCAUUGGGAACACGGAUGACACAUUAGGCUUUGCCCUGGGUGCUCUGUUUGUUAAAGCCACAUUUGAUAAACAUAGCAAGGAGAUUGCAGAAGAAAUGAUCAAUGAAAUUAGGACGGCCUUCAAAGAAGGACUGGAUGAGCUCCGCUGGAUGGACAACCGGACUCGACUUGCUGCAAAGGAGAAAGCAGAUGCAAUCUAUGACAUGAUAGGAUUUCCGGAUUUCAUCCUAGACACUAAGGAACUAGAUGAUGUCUAUGAUGGGUAUGAAGUCUCUGAAGAUAACUUCUUCCAGAAUACACUCAAUUUCUACAACUUUUCAGCCAAAGUGAUGGCAGAUCAACUGCGCAAACCUCCUAACAAAGACCAGUGGAGCAUGACGCCGCCAACAGUCAAUGCUUACUACAUGCCCACCAAGAAUGGCAUUGUAUUUCCAGCAGGCAUCCUACAAGCUCCAUUCUAUGCCCGUGAUCACCCAAAGGCCCUCAACUUUGGUGGCAUAGGAGUUGUGAUGGGACAUGAGCUAACUCAUGCCUUUGAUGACCAAGGACGUGAGUAUGACAAAGAUGGCAACCUUCGACCCUGGUGGCACAAUUCCUCUGUGGAAGCCUUCAAGAACCGCACAGAGUGCAUGGUAGAGCAGUACGGUCAAUACACCAUCAAUGGAGAGCACAUUAAUGGCAAGCAGACCCUUGGGGAGAACAUUGCAGACAAUGGGGGGCUUAAAGCUGCCUAUCAUGCAUAUAAGAAAUGGCUCAAGAACAAUAGGGAGGAAAAGCAUCUGCCAGCUGUAGGGUUAACCAAUGACCAGCUCUUCUUUGUGGGCUUUGCACAGGUCUGGUGCUCCGUAUGGACUCCUGAAAGUGCCCAUGAAGGGCUGAUGACAGAUCCACACAGCCCACCCAAAUACCGGGUUAUCGGAACCCUUUCUAACUCCAAAGACUUUGCUGAGCACUUUGGCUGCACACUGGGCUCGCCAAUGAAUCCUGGGAAACGCUGCGAGGUUUGGUAGAGAAGCUGGACUUUGCUGGAUAUGGGUUAGGGUGAAAGAAGAUAAGAGGUACUUUUGGUAUAGGGUCCUUUUUUUAUCUCCUCUCACUCCCUCCAGCUUGGAUUGGAUCUUUCAAUGGAACAUUACUGUGAGGGCAGGUGGUUCUCUUUUGUUCUAAUCUGCCCCUAUUGGGUAUUGUUUGCUUGCACCUCCCCUUGCCCCUGUUUUGGCCUUUUAUUUUGUCUGUUCUUGUGUCUAAGUGAUGCAACAGCAAAUGUCUUUAUUUUUGCUGCUUGGGGUGCAGUCCAGGAGCAUGUAGCUCUUGGUUUCCACCUCACUCUACUUCUCAUGGUAACAGGUGCUGCCUGGGAGGUUCUGGUUCAAGUAAAUAAGAGUAUUGUUCGGUUUUUUUUUUUGUUUUUUUUUUAAUAAUUUUUUUUGCACCUUUUGCUAAGGGUCUCGUCAUUUCAGAUUUUUUUUUUGUCUUUAAGGCAGCCAAUGGUGUGCCUUCUAAGUGCCUGGGUGAAACUUUAUUCUCCCGGAUUCUAGGUGCAACUGCCAAAUCUGCUUUGUUCUGCUCCAUCGAUGAUCUUGCUGUCCUCUGUUUCGGUGGCAGGAGCUGCCUGCCUAUCAAAUGGCUUCAGGGCCGGGCAGGGUGUCAGAUGUAGGAGGGCUCACUGUGACUGAUUUCAGGCAGUAGAUGGUACUGUUGCUGAUUGGCGAAGGACAAGGUGAACUGUGCUUAUCUAAAGAAGGGAAAGUGGGAAGCUUAAUACAGAUAACUUCAUUUUUGAGUGGAAAGUGUGGAGCUCUGACAGCAACGUGCAUCAUAUCUAGAACAUCUUUAAAGUGCAUCUCUCUCUGCAGCUAGGUUGGAAACCCCUCCCCAUACUGAAAGCCGUGGGGACUCCUCCACCCAUAGGCCUAUUCAAUUUUUGAUUAUUUUGGGGGGUGGGUAGUAUCCUUCCCAUAUCUAUUAGAAAGACCCUGCCUAACCUUUGUCUCAGGUAAUGACUAUUAUUGAGGCUCAGUCUAGCUAACUUGAUUGGGUAUUGAAGAAGAGAGCUGCUCGGUUCAGUGCUUUGUCCAUCAUGCAUAGGAAGGAGCUAGGCUGGUCACUUAUGGAGCAGUAGGAAUGUGGCCAUCUCAAAGUUCUGUCUCUCUGUGCUCUUUUACCCAGAUGGGCUAUUCCCCUGAAGGUUAGAAGAAGACAAGGAAACUCCAUCAGUUUAGCUUCAUCUUAAUCUGACCACUAAUCAGGAAAUCAUACCUCCAUCUCCUUAAGUUUUACCUACUGAACCAGAAUAUAAAGUAGCAAACCAUUGGAACUGACACUAAUGUGUGUCUGUCCCCGUGAACAUAUAACAGACUCCAUAACACUUUGCUUAAGCUGGAGUGAUGCUCCCUUGAAUCUGGUUCAUUCUGUGUGUUCCUUCCCCUCCUGUUAGGCUUAGUUCCUUUAAGGGGUGAUAAAGCCUUCCCCCUAGAUGAUAUUACUAACAGGGUGAACAUUGGACUAGCUAACUCCUACUUGAUGGUGUGUAGUUGACCAUUGGCCAUGCUGAAUGUUAGUAUGCAUGGAUACGACAGCCUCCAUUAAUGCACUGCUACUGUAAACCUCCUGUGUUCCCAUCUAGUUUUUAAUGAGUUUUUUCCUGUUGAUCUGUUUUAUUUACCUACCACUUUUAGGUUAGGUGUGUAGAUUGGGUAAUACCUUCCUAGGGGUCUGUAUCACUAGAUCCCUGUCCCAAUCCAGCAUUCUAAUAAGCUGGUGGUAGAACAGAGCCUACCUGGGCUCUAGCAUUAUUUUGCUGUGUCCCAAUUCAUUUACUGCUGGGGACAUAUACUUUUAGUUAUGCUGUGUGUCCUUAAAUCCUAUUAUGUUGGAUUUAUAAUCCAAUGGGGUAGUGGAAGGAACUCUGCUUUUAAGAUCAACAUCUCUGAUUGAAUGCACAGCACAAUUCUAUAAAGAAAAACUAAUAUUUUCUGGAGAGUGACCACCUCUAUCCUAACAGCAAUGACCGCUGAUAGUCAAGGUGAGUUCUAGCAGUUGGCUGCAAGUAGAGAUGCACUUGCUCUGGAUUCGCUUGCAAUUUCUGUGGCUUCACAAAUAAGUUUGCUUUCAGUCAUCAUGUACCAACCACCUUUUAUUUAAGAAAUUAAACAACUGGAAUCAG